UGGCACAACGCACAUGCUCACAGCUAGCUUGCUAGCCAACGUGGAAGGUCUUUCCUAAGGAGGUGGUGUGGUCAAAGUCUGGGAUCUGUUUCAACUCGCUUUCUAGGAGGAUUACUAAACCAUACCCAGAACUCCUCACGGGAUAGCUUCCUGUUUCCUGAGAGUCGUUACCUGAGAAGCUACCAGAAUGAAAGUUUUCGAGCUGAUAAGAGGGCUGAUCAUCCUCACCUCUGUGUUUUCAGCCUGUUUAGGACAAAAUCCAGUGACUGUACUGUGCUCCACAGACUGGUUCAUGGUCACGGUACACCCCUUCAUGUUGAACAACGACGUAUAUGUGCAUUUCCAUGAGCUACACUUGGGCCUGGGUUGCCCUGCCAACCAUGUUCAGCCAUAUGCCUACCAAUUCACCUACCGUGUGACAGAAUGUGGUAUCAGGGCCAAGGCUAUCUCUCAGGACACGGUUCUCUACAGCACCGAGAUAUACUACACUUCCAAGCAUACCUCAUCUAAGUAUGUGAUUCCAGUGUCAUGCACUGCCCCGAUAUGUUCCCCAUGGCUCACAACGCCCUGUUCCAGGAACUUGACCCCCAAUGGAGAGAUCACAACCCAAAAUGGCGAGACAUGCUAUGAAGUGUUCACCUUGUCACAGUCCAGCCAAAGGCCCAACUGCUAUUGUCUGCGUUGUGUCUACAAUGAAAGAGGGCAGAGCCGAGCCCCACAUCACCAAGCAGACAAAUAGAAGCUCUUAUGACCCUCCCAUGUGUGCUUUUGAGAAAGAGCAACUCAUGGUGAUUUCAUGAAUGAGCUUUUUAGAAAAGUUUUUUUGUAUAUUCUUAGGCAAAAAAUAAAAUCCUGCUGGCAUAGAAA